AUGUUCCGGCUAUGCGUGCCGACGACCGAGCCGCUCCCAGACCGCGGAAAGAAGCGCCUGCUUGCCGCUGUGGCCGACCCCACCGACCUGACCGAGUACUUUCGGCAGCGCCGCCAGCUGGUGGCCGGGAUCAAGAGUGCCUACGUGCACUCGGAGACAAACUUGGGCGCGUACGAAGCGUUCCUCCCCUGGGCUGGGGCCAUGGUGGCGCUGGCGGACGCGUUUGACGAGCAGACACGGGAUGCGGUGCAAAAGUUCCACUUUACGUGGUCGACGGCGAGUCUGCGGCAUGUGGCGGCGUCGGAUGUGGCGGUGGCGAGCCACGGCAACAGCGGCGCCGGAUCGUCCAGCUCGGGCGCGACUGGGCCCAAACCGACAGUGCUCUCGCUCAAGUCUGCGCGGUUUGAGCUGGUGAUGAUUGUGGCGUCGCUGGGCAUGCAGCACUGGGCGAUGGCGCACGCAGCGCUGGACGACUCGGCGCAGGCUGCAGGCGACGGCGGCUCGGCCGAGCCGACGGUGGCGGCGCUCAAGGCGGCGUACACCUCGCUGCGAGCGGCGGCAGGCGUCUUCAUCGAGCUCGAGAGGCUGGUGGCGGCGUUUGUGGAUGCGCCAGACGCAGAGCACCUGCCACUAGAGGCGACGCCCGCGGGUGCGACGUUGCUCAUCGAGUGGGCACGGGCCGAGGCAGAGGCGUGCCUGCUGUUCUCGACUACGCUCGAGGGCAAGGUGAGCGGCAAGCUGGCCGCUCGCAUUGCAGCGUCGGUGGCGGUGCGCUUCGGGCGUGCGGCCGAUGUCGCGACCAACAGCGGGUGCGACAGCGCCAUUCUGCCGUAUUUGACGAUGCGCGGCGGGCUGGCGCGCGCGACAGCACUGCGGCACCAGGCCGCGAUGGCCAGCGAGGCCGGUGAGCAUGGGGUGGCGUGCGCGUACAUUGACAUGGCGACGGAAGCCAUGGGAGGCGUUGUCGAGCUCCUAGCGUCAAUCAAGUCGUCCAAGGGCCUGCUCUCGUCGGUGCUCGGCGGGGGCAACCCAGCGGCGCGGUUCCGCGCACUGGUGCCACUCGCGAGCAGCGAGGUCAAGGCGAUCGAGGCGGCGGCAAAGAGCUACCACCACGACAACGACAACGUGUACUACGAGCCGGUGCCCAAAGCGUCGACGCUCGAGCUUGCCGAGGCCGCCAGCGUGGCGGCGCCGACCGAGCUCGACAUGCCGCCGCCGGCCUUUGUCGACGUCGCGCUCAAGCCCGAGGAGGAAUCGACGUGCUGCAUCAGCUGAAGGCGGAGGAGGCGCGUGCUCGAGUGCGCGCGAGGGCCGCGUGGCGAGCCGAGCGGGCGCGGGCGAGCG